GUGGGGGAUUUGGAGGAUUACAGGAGUACGUGCAGCCAUUCAGUCAUAGUCAGAGACGGUUACUUGUACAAUUUAGCAAGAACUGAGUUUUGCCUUUGGUUUAGUGGCUGGGUAUCGGAUGAGGUCACUGUGGGUGAGGUAGCCAACUGGACUGGAAACUUCUUCCUUGAGAACUUCAGACAUUUCAGGACAAGCUCAUCUGACUUUUUGCAAGGCAAUCAGUUCUGCCACUGUUUACAGAGGUUUACUGGAAGUCAAGCAAAUCUCUCAGUUUAUGUUUUUGGCAUCGAAUGAACAUCACCAGUUUGUGACCUGUGGAUUUCCAAGUAAACAUUUCAGGACUUGUAUUAUAUGCUGCUUUACACAUGCAUCGUGCAGACUGGAUGUUGUGGCCGAAGGAGGCUCAGAGGAGAGAGGAGAGGAGGGCUGAGGCACGGCUGGCUGAUGGGCUACAGAGGCUAGACGAGGCCAAACACUAUCAGCUCAACACUCUGAGCCGAGAACAGCGCACACUAUCCCGCCACCUCAUCGCCAUCAAAACAGGAAACCGGCGGAGAGGUUUGCAUGCUGUGGGAUCACGACCCUCCAAUCAUGACUUUAGCCACCCUGUUAUGUCCUUUAAGAAGACCCUGUUACCCAUAAUCCCACCUGCUGGCAGGGAGCUGGACAAGCCCAGGCCAGUGAAGCCGCAGUCCAGCUGCUCUCUGCAGGCUCGUGUUCAGGAAUUUAUCAGCAGUGGGGAGACCAGGGCUGAUAACUCCACAGCACCUCUCUGUCUGCCUGAACUCAAACUGCAGCCCACCAACACACUGCCUCCAGAGAGAGAGGAGAACAGGGAGAGAGAGACAUACAGAGACAGGGGGAGGGAGGGUCAAAGGUCAAUGUGGGAAACAGAGAGAGACAGGCCUAGAGACAGUCAGAAAGGAAAAGAACUGAUGGUGACGGAAGAGAAAGACAAGGAAAAAGCAGAAGAAACCGAUGGAACCACAUCCCUUUCUUCUCCUCCUUCCCCCCUUUUGGAUUCCCUGGCACCUGAUGGUCGGUUAAGGACGGUUCAUGUGUUGCCCAACUUCGCCCAGGCCCUGGCGGAGGCUCGCAAAGCCAGAUACAUACGUCACCGCGGCCGGCCACCAUGUGAAAAAGAGCUGAGCAUCAGAGAGAUAUUCUCCAAAAAACUCUAGAGACACAUACACUAAGCAAUGACUGUAACACACACUCACAUGCCUGUCUCCGCUGAGCAGACGCUUCACACACAUAAACACAGCUACACUUUCACUCAUCUCAUACAUGAAGCGCUAAUCAAUGCACUGUUACUAUACCUUUAAAAUGUACCCUAUAAUAGACUAGUUUACACAAAUUCUUUGUGUUUUAAGCAAUAAAUCCUCUAAGAAUGCAACUUUGCCACAGUUCCUCUCACUAUGCUAUAUAUACAAU